AUGUCACUCAAGACCGUCAGGCCCAAGCCCCAGGCGAGAGGCUUCUCCUAUUCUAUCCCGAGCAGAGCGCCCAACGACUGCGACGAUGCAAGUGAAGAUUCGCCCCUCAUCCACGACGAGCCAGACGAGGACGGCUGCCUCCAUCCGACUUCGAGCUCCCACCGACAUGAGCCUUGUCCGCCUGAUCCUCAUGCAGGCCUGCCUGUCUACCAAAACAUCCAUCGAGUCCGGCGGGACAUCAUUGCGGCGGUUGAGGAUCCCUACACGAUGGAACAGCUCAGUUCGCCACGAAUGAAUAUCCACACUGUCCGUCCACUGGUGGACAAGCUCUACGACAUGCACGACAUUUCGAUCAUCUACUGUCUGCUCGUCAACCGGACCCAGUUUCUCAGAGAGCAGAACGGGCGGAGCCAUCAGUACUCCGUCAAUUCGACCCGCGCAGGAUUAUGUGAAGUCGUCGCCAUCAAGAUCAUCAGGCGGCUCAACGAACGCUAUACGGGCAAAGAGGGUCUUCUAUUGCUCGCCAAUGUCCUCGUUGGCGGAUUCGAGCCUUUCCAGAAUGCGCCCGAUGAGACCAUCAAAGAGCACCGGACAGGUCUCCAUUGGGCAACGCAGAAGCGCGGAGGCUAUGAGCGCAAGCUGACCGCACUCGAGGUCGCCAUCAUAUCAGAAAGCAAGGCCUUUCUCGCUGCCCCUGCCUGCCAAAAAGUCGUCGACGCCAUCUACCGAGGCAGACUGGUCUACACGCCCACGACAUUCUUUGACAUCUUGCCAGAUCACUACAAACACAAACCCAUCAGUAUCUAUGAUCCUCGCAAGGCGCCCUUGCUCAACCAUUAUCGCUUGAUUGUGCCGAGAACACGGAACUUCCUCGAGAUACUCCAAUUCAUCACCCUGCUCGCGCUCUUCAUUCUCGUCAUGGAAACCAAACAGAUAAGCUACAUGACAGUCUAUGAAAUCGUGUUCUGCGUCUUUGCGAUUGGCUACGCACUCGAUGAGGUUGCAUCGAUCUUGGAGCACGGCUGGCAAGUCUACACGCAAAACCUCUGGUCUUUCCUCGACGUCACCUUCAUCUUCAUCUUCUUCACCUACUUUGUCACCCGCGUACAAGGCCUCAGCGAGGGAAACGACGAGGUCGCCUAUCUGGCACUCAACAUUCUGUCAACUGGCGCGGUCGCCCUGCUCCCAAGACUGGCUUUCAAUCUCAUGAGCGAAAACAUGCUCUUCAUUUCUCUAAGGGCGAUGAUGAGCGACUUCAUGCUGCUCAUGUUUCUGGCCGUCUGGUGCUUCGCUGGCUUUCUCAUGUCCAUGCGCUGGCUCGACGAGCUGGAAGUUCACUCGGCUGUGACCAUCUCCAAAUGGAUGAUCUGGAUCUGGUUCGGCUUGGAUGGCACGGGGAUUCAAGAAGCACCGCAAUUUCACUGGCUCCUGGGGCCUGUCCUCAUGGUGGCCUUUGCCUGCUUGGCCAACACGCUCCUGCUGACGAUUCUGGUCUCCAUGCUGAGCAACACAUUCUCCAAAAUUGCCAACAAUGUCGGCGCAGAAGUACAGUUCCGACGAGCUGUGCUCGUCUUCGAGGGCGUCAAGAGCGAUGCCAUUUUUGCUUAUCAGCCGCCCUUCAAUAUUGGCGCAAUCAUCAUCAUGUUGCCGCUCAAGUUCUUCGUUUCGCCGCGUUGGUUCCACAAGAUCAACGUCUGCGUCAUCCGAGUCCUCAACGCUCCCAUGUUGCUGUGCAUCUCGCUCUACGAACGCGAAACACUCUGGAGACAGAAUGCGAAAUCGCAAAGCUGGCUCACGCAGAAGCUGGAGAGCUUUCAAGUCUGGCGGUCCAACUACUUCACAGUCCACGGCGACUUACAGGCCGUCUUUGAAGCCGAACCGCCAGAGGAAGCAUACGACAACUAUUCCGACAUUGCUAUGCUGGAAGAUCAUGCGGAUCAGAGUAAACAGCACGAAGGGGGUCAUGCUGACGAUGAAGACCGCGAGAGGCACCAGCGCCGGCUGAGCAAUGCGGACAGUCUCGUACCGCAAGGUCUUAGUGGGCACCUCUCGCAUCUCAUUGGCGCGAUCCAAGGGGAACGCGAGAUCAAGGGCGCACCCGAGCGUCUCGAACGUGUCGAGGCAGCAGUACAGCGCAUGGAGAAGCUGCUGGCUAAGAUCGCUUCCAACUAUGACGAUGGCGACGAUAACGACAACGAAGAAGAGUCUCCCAAUGCGCCUGACUGA